GCCCUUGUUUUGAUACAGGAAAGCCAUCAGUCCAACUGCCCUCUCUUGGAGCCUUCCCCCCUCGCGAGAACUAGAAGUAGAAGAACUCAUCAUCUCACCUCCCAAACUGACACAACCCUCCUUAACUCAUUCCUCCUACUCCUAACUGCAAGCUACUGCUCACCCUCUCCCGGUCUCCCUCCUCUCCUCCUCGACCUCGCGCGCGAGCUCAUGGCCUCGAGCUCAAACCCGGACACCAUGGACACGGACCCUCCCGGCGGCGGCGGCACCCUCUCCAUCGCCGUGGAGCGCAACCCGCCGGAGUCGCGCCUGCUCCAGCUAGGCGUCAAGUCCUGGCCCAAGUGGGGUUGCCCGACGGGGAAGUUCCCGGUGAAGUUCGACGCGCGGGAGACGUGCUACCUGGUGAAGGGGAAGGUGAGGGCGCACAUCAAGGGCUCGUCGGAGUGCGUGGAGUUCGGCGCCGGCGACCUCGUCGUCUUCCCCAAGGGGCUAAGCUGCACCUGGGACGUCCUCGCCGCCGUCGACAAGUACUACAAGUUCGAUUCAUCUUGACGUCUGUCUCGUCGUCGAUCGAUCUCUCUCCCUCGCCGAAUUCGGUGACUAAUUCGCUUCCUGAUUAGUUCGGUGACUGCGCUUAGCCUCAUUCUGUAGCUAAUUUGUUGCUAGAUAAUUAAGCCCGUGCCUAAUGUGAUAAUGUCUCUUCUUCUCUGCGUGUAAAAAAAAAAUGGUGUGCGAGGGGGCAGGGGCAUCUAGCCCCUGAGAGGCUAGUGGUUAUUCAGGAGCCCCAAAAACCGGUCAAUGCAGGGGCUGUUCAAAGUAUUCUUGUUUAUUCCUCCGAGUGCAAUCCACUUUGAAUGCUCUCUUUGACCGGCGCCACUAGACUCCAUUAAUUGUCUUUUGUUUUCA